UCCUUCCCCUUCGUCAUUCUCUCUAUCUCUCUAUCUAUCUGUAAGUCUCUCUUCACCAUCGUCGACUAAAACUCUCGCAGAUUCUAUCUCCGCUACUUCUCCGUACCUUCUUCCAAACCGAGAAACGAUAAGGAAUCUAUAAUCAAUACUCUAAUCUCUUUCGUCUAAAUGUUUUGGCUCUGCUUCAAUGCUUCGGAAUAGAAAUGACUGCCGCUCCUUCGAUGCCAGUUUCUGUAGAAUGUGUGAACCUUAGCAAAUUCUUUAAAGCGGAUGGAACUAGUAGUAGACAUGACUGCAGUGUAUUCUCUUGUGCGUGGAAGGCUCCUAGGGCGCUGACUGGCUUUCUUGCUAGCACUGCACAUACUCCUCAGACUUCUUCUUUCUCAGGCGUGCGAAUUGGAAGAACGAGAAUCAAAUGCAGAAGUGAAGUUUCUGACCAAGGGGGCUGGAAUUCUCAUGAGGCCUCUGAGUUUUUUAUAUCAUCAAGACAACUACACCCACUUCCACGUCAUGUUACAUGUAGAAACUGGCGAUUGUACUCUUUAUCUCCUUCCUCAGAUUUCUAUGAAGGGGUUUCUCCUGAAAGCUUGUGGGAGGAUCUUAAGCCAACAAUUUUAUAUCUUCCAGAUAAAGAGUUGGAACUAGUUCGUAAUGCUCUAAAUCUGGCAUUUGAAGCUCAUGAUGGUCAAAAAAGGCGAAGUGGAGAGCCUUUUAUUAUCCAUCCUGUGGAAGUUGCUCGAAUACUGGGGGAGCUUGAAUUGGAUUGGGAGUCUGUUGCUGCUGGUUUGCUGCAUGAUACCGUCGAAGAUACUGAUGUAGUUACAUUCAGAAGAAUAGAGGAGGAAUUUGGUGCUACUGUCAGACACAUUGUAGAAGGAGAAACUAAGGUUUCCAAGUUGGGAAAGAUUAAAUGUAAGAAAGAAAAUCAUUCAGUCCAAGAUGUCAAAGCAGAUGAUCUCAGGCAGAUGUUCCUUGCCAUGACAGAGGAGGUCCGUGUUAUCAUUGUCAAACUAGCUGAUAGAUUACAUAACAUGCGUACGCUUACACAUAUGCCACCAAACAAGCAGACUAGUAUUGCAACAGAGACUUUGCAAGUCUUUGCUCCUCUCGCAAAACUACUGGGGAUGUACCAAAUAAAGGCUGAGCUUGAAAACUUAUCUUUCAUGUACACAAAUCCUCAAGAUUAUGCUAAAGUUAAGAGAAGGAUUGCAGAUCUGUAUAAGGAACAUGAGAAAGAACUUAUAGAGGCUAACAAGAUUUUGGUGAAGAAGAUUGAGGAAGAUCAGUUUUUAGACCUUAUGACAAUUAAAACUGAAGUAAGAUCUGAGUGCAAGGAUCCUUACAGUAUCUAUAAGGCUGUGCUUAAAUCUAAAGGUUCAAUUAAUGAAGUCAACCAGAUUGCACAGCUCCGGAUUAUAAUAAAACCCAAACCAUGCGUGGGUGUUGGGCCUCUAUGUAGUGCACAACAGGUCCCUUACCAUGUCCUGGGACUGGUACAUGAAAUAUGGACACCUAUCCCACGAGCUAUGAAGGACUAUAUAGCAACUCCGAAACCUAAUGGCUAUCAAAGUCUUCACACAACUGUAAUCCCUUUCUUGUAUGAGAGCAUGUUCCGUGUGGAAGUUCAGAUAAGAACUGAAGAGAUGGAUCUUAUAGCAGAGAGAGGCAUUGCUGCUCACUAUAGUGGGAAAGGCUUUAUUACUGGUCUUGUCGGUCAUGCAGUGCCUAACAGUAGAACUUCAAAGGGAAAGAUGACCUCUCUUAACAAUGCAAACAUUGCUUUAAGGAUUGGCUGGCUUAAUGCUAUUAGAGAAUGGCAAGAAGAAUUCGUCGGAAACAUGAGCUCUAGAGAAUUUGUAGACACUAUAACUAGAGACUUAUUGGGUAGUCGUAUUUUUGUUUUUACGCCUAGGGGGGAGAUAAAAAAUCUGCCUGAUGGAGCAACCGUCAUUGACUAUGCAUACAUGAUACAUACUGAAAUUGGAAACAGAAUGGUAGCAGCAAAGGUCAAUGGUAAUCUUGUUUCUCCAUCACAUGUGCUUGCAAAUGCUGAAGUCGUGGAAAUAAUAACAUACAAUGCUCUCUCAAGCAAAUCUUCCUUUCAACGGCAUAAGCAGUGGCUGCAGCAUGCCAAAACGCGUAGUGCUCGUCACAAGAUUAUGAAAUUUCUUAGAGAGCAAGCUGCAUUGUCAGCUGAUGAAAUAACAGCAGAGGCUGUGAAUGAAUUUUCUGCCGAAUCAGAAGAUGAUACUGAAUCAAAUGAGUUAGAUAUUCCUAAACGGGGAAAAUACAACUGGGAGAAGAUACUUGUAAACGUCAUGGAAAUGUCAACCUCUAAAUUUGGUAAAGAUGAUGAUGCUCAAGUUGGUGGUAAGGUAUUAAUUCCAAAGGUCAAUGGAAAGCAUAACAAACACAUGAAGGAUGUAAGUCUAAAGGCCAAGGGAGAGUUGUUAUCCCAUGGAAAUGGUGUGGCUAGAAAUGUAGCUUCUAAUGUUCCAAUUGCAAAGGAUGUUUUGCCCGGCCUUGAGAGCUGGAAAGCUGCCAAGAUAGCGGCUUGGCACUGCCUUGAAGGCCAUUCUAUCCAAUGGUUCUGCAUAGUAUGUAUAGACCGAAAAGGAUUGAUGGCGGAUAUAGCAACAGCAUUGACAGCUGUGGAUGUUACAAUAUGUUCUUGUGCUUCGGAGACAAAUAAAGAGAGAGGAAUGGCAGUCAUGCUAUUUCAUGUUGAAGCGAACCUGAGCAGUUUGGUGAGUGGUUGUUGUGGUGUGGAUAAUAUAUUUGGUGUAUUGGGAUGGUCUGUUGGAUGUAGUUGGCCUAGCUCCACUGGUAAUCAACAGUUGCUAGAAUGUUAGGUCUUUGCUCUCUCUUCUUAACAUUUACUAUUUAACCUGGCUUCCACUGGUUGGGUAAGAAGUUUUGAUCUCUAAAGCUCUGAGAUAGGAGGAAUUGGUUCUAUUUCUAUCUCGGUUAAUUAGGCUCGAUUGCUUCUACAGCUAAGCUGCAGGUUAUGUGUACAUAAAAGAAGAAGAAGAGAGGAUAGUUAGGCAUAUACAUACAUAUACAUGUGAAGACAGCAAUAGUUUAUAAGGAAGGAAGAGUUUUUGAAAACAUUAUUUUUGGGGGGAUUUUAUAAGGAGAGUUUUAUUUAUUUUUUUACACAGGCAAUGUGGAACCUGUUUUUGAUGUUUAUACAGACAAGGAGGUCUGAACCAAUUUAAGUUAUAAUCUUUUUAAAAAACACUUAAGUUACAAAUGAUUUUAGAUUUACCAA